AGUCUUACACAGGUGUACCUGCUCCUCCCCUUCAGUCUUGCACAGGUGUACCGGCUCUCCCCUCCAGUCUUACACAGGUGUACCGGCUCUUCCCCUUCAGGCUUGCACAGGUGUACCGGCUCUCCCCCUCUAGUCUUGCAGAGGUUGUACCGGCUCCUCCCCUUCAGUCUUACACAGGUGUACCGCAUCCUCCCCUUCAGUCUUGCACAGGUUGUGUACCGGCUCCUCCCCUUCAGUCUUGCACAGGUUUUUGUGUACCGGCUCCUCUCCCCUUCAGUCUUGCACAGGUGUACCGGCUCCUCCCCUUCAGUCUUGCACAGGUGUGUACCGGCUCCUCCCCUCCAGUUUUGUACAGGUACCGGCUCCUUCUCCUGGACUGAAGUGGCUUCCACUGAUUUCACCGCACACUGGGAGCCUCUCACAAUGUGCAUUAGAAGCUGCAGCAAGUCAGAUAGAGCUCUACUUUCUUUCCUGGCUGGAGGACAUCCAGCAUCAUCAGGUCUUUUCUCCCCAGCCUGCCUGUCCCUGACCCCACCCCUUUCAUUCAUUAGAGCU